CCGCACCAGGCGGAAGUGUGCCAAAGGUUUUGGUGCUGCCGCUUCCGGUCCGGGUAAAGGCUGCUGAGGUAUGCUGCAUGGUCUGUGUCGGGCCGGGACAGCUUUCUGAGGGCAAGUCAGCGGGUCAAGAGGCGAGCACCGGCGUGUAGACUCAGAAGUCUAGAGUCUAGUGGUAAGAUCGGAAAAACAGCCAGGAACUUGAAUACGAUCUAACCUCUGUUUCCGAGGGGGUAACUUCCACGGGGAACCCCUCUGCCCUGGUAACGGCCAAAGAGGAGAUGGCGCCAGUCAGGGAGCGGCCGUGGCCGACAAAGUGAGGAAGCGCGAAGGCGGAGCAGCCCGAGAAGCCUCGGGAGAAAACACCAGAGCCAUCGCUGCCGCCACCACCGCUACCACCAUGGAAGGGGCAAAGCCGACAUUGCAGCUCGUGUACCAGGCAGUGCAGGCGCUCUACCACGACCCAGAUCCCAGCGGAAAGGAGCGCGCCUCGUUUUGGCUUGGGGAGCUGCAGCGUUCGGUUCAUGCAUGGGAGAUUUCAGACCAAUUGUUACAGAUCCGGCAAGAUGUGGAAUCAUGCUAUUUUGCUGCACAGACCAUGAAAAUGAAGAUUCAGACCUCAUUUUAUGAGCUCCCCACAGACUCUCAUGCCUCUUUACGGGACUCAUUACUAACUCAUAUCCAGAACUUGAAAGACUUGUCACCUGUCAUUGUAACUCAGCUGGCUUUAGCAAUAGCAGACCUUGCUCUACAGAUGCCUUCCUGGAAGGGAUGUGUACAAACAUUGGUAGAAAAAUAUAGCAAUGAUGUAACUUCUCUGCCUUUUCUGCUGGAGAUCCUUACAGUGUUACCUGAAGAAGUACAUAGUCGUUCCUUACGAAUUGGAGCUAACCGGCGUACAGAAAUUAUAGAAGAUUUGGCCUUCUAUUCUAGUACAGUGGUAUCUCUAUUGAUGACUUGUGUAGAAAAAGCAGGAACAGAUGAGAAAAUGCUUAUGAAGGUCUUUCGCUGUUUGGGAAGUUGGUUUAACUUAGGAGUUUUGGACAGUAACUUCAUGGCUAACAAUAAGUUACUAGCACUCCUUUUUGAGGUUUUGCAACAGGAUAAGACCUCAUCCAACCUACAUGAAGCUGCUUCAGACUGCGUAUGCUCAGCUCUGUACGCCAUUGAGAAUGUGGAAACCAACUUGCCAUUAGCCAUGCAACUUUUUCAAGGAGUCCUGACAUUGGAGACUGCCUAUCAUAUGGCUGUGGCACGUGAAGAUUUAGAUAAAGUUCUGAAUUACUGCCGUAUUUUCACCGAGCUGUGUGAAACUUUUCUUGAAAAAAUUGUUUGUACUCCAGGCCAAGGCCUUGGGGACCUACGAACUCUAGAACUGCUUCUUAUCUGUGCAGGACACCCUCAAUAUGAGGUAGUAGAAAUUUCCUUUAACUUUUGGUACCGACUAGGGGAGCAUUUAUACAAAACUAAUGAUGAAGUUAUUCAUGGCAUCUUCAAAGCUUACAUUCAAAGGCUGCUUCAUGCCUUGGCUCGCCACUGCCAGCUGGAACCAGACCAUGAGGGGGUUCCUGAGGAGACUGAUGACUUUGGGGAGUUUCGGAUGAGGGUGUCAGACCUGGUGAAGGACUUGAUUUUCUUGAUUGGGUCUAUGGAGUGUUUUGCUCAGUUAUAUUCUACUCUGAAAGAAGGCAACCCACCCUGGGAGGUGACAGAAGCGGUUCUCUUUAUCAUGGCUGCUAUAGCAAAGAGUGUUGAUCCGGAGAACAAUCCAACACUUGUGGAGGUCCUAGAAGGAGUUGUCCGUCUCCCAGAGACCGUACAUACAGCUGUGCGAUACACCAGCAUUGAAUUGGUUGGAGAGAUGAGCGAAGUGGUUGAUCGAAAUCCUCAGUUCCUUGACCCUGUGUUGGGCUAUUUGAUGAAAGGACUGUGUGAAAAACCUCUGGCUUCUGCUGCAGCCAAAGCCAUUCAUAACAUUUGCUCUGUCUGCCGAGACCACAUGGCUCAGCACUUUCAUGGACUCCUAGAGAUUGCCCGUUCCCUUGAUUCCUUCAUGUUGUCUCCAGAAGCUGCUGUGGGCUUGCUAAAAGGGACAGCACUUGUCCUAGCCAGAUUACCUUUGGAUAAGAUUACUGAAUGUCUUAGUGAACUAUGUUCUGUUCAGGUUAUGGCAUUGAAAAAGCUGUUGUCUCAGGAGCCCAGCAAUGGCAUAUCAUCAGAUCCCACUGUGUUCUUAGAUCGCCUUGCAGUGAUAUUUAGACACACCAAUCCCAUUGUGGAAAAUGGACAGACUCAUCCGUGCCAAAAAGUCAUACAGGAAAUAUGGCCAGUUUUAUCUGAGACUCUAAAUAAGCACCGGGCUGAUAAUCGGAUUGUAGAACGUUGUUGCAGGUGCCUCCGUUUUGCUGUUCGCUGUGUAGGCAAAGGAUCUGCAGCCCUGCUGCAGCCACUAGUCACACAGAUGGUGAAUGUUUACCAUGUACAUCAGCAUUCCUGUUUCCUAUACCUUGGUAGUAUCCUUGUGGAUGAGUAUGGCAUGGAAGAGGGCUGUCGGCAGGGACUACUAGACAUGCUCCAGGCACUGUGCAUGCCCACCUUUCAGCUCUUAGAACAGCAGAAUGGACUCCAGAAUCACCCUGACACUGUGGACGACCUAUUCAGGCUAGCCACCAGGUUUAUUCAGCGUAGCCCUGUUACCUUGCUGAGGAGCCAGGUUGUCAUCCCUAUCUUACAAUGGGCCAUUGCCUCUACUACCCUGGACCACCGGGAUGCCAACUGUAGUGUCAUGAGGUUCCUACGAGACCUCAUCCACACAGGGGUAGCCAAUGAUCAUGAAGAAGACUUUGAAUUACGGAAAGAACUGAUUGGACAGGUGAUGAACCAGCUUGGACAGCAACUUGUAAGCCAGCUGCUUCACACGUGCUGCUUCUGUCUCCCCCCAUACACCCUACCAGAUGUGGCUGAAGUGCUCUGGGAGAUCAUGCAGGUUGACAGACCGACUUUUUGUCGAUGGUUAGAGAAUUCCUUGAAAGGUUUGCCAAAGGAGACAACCGUGGGAGCUGUCACAGUGACACACAAACAACUUACAGAUUUCCACAAACAAGUCACUAGUGCUGAGGAAUGUAAACAAGUUUGCUGGGCCUUGCGAGACUUCACCAGGUUGUUUCGAUAGCUCAUACUCCUGCACUGUGCCUGUCACCCAGGUGAGUGGUAUAUAGUUCCCAGCUUUUCCCCUGGCUGUCGGGAGUACUUGGGGAUGGGCAUAGGUUUUUAAUGCCCAUUAUGGGACUAGUACUAUAGCUAGAGUCAGGGAAGGACUUAACAAUUUAACGCUGCUGCACAGCUGAGACAUGCACAGGCCUGAUUUUCUUGGGUCAAGGCAGCCAAAUAAUUGUCAGCUUCUUUUGGAUGCCAGUUUUACCCCCAUAAGAAAGUUAUCGUUGCAGAAUAUCUCAAAAAGAAAAUUCCUCCCCUCUUCUCUUUACAGAUACUUCUAGCAUGGUAAGUAUGUGUGGUAACAAAUGAAUAAUUUUCAGCCUGGCAACUUUGGUGAAAACAGUGCUGACCUAAAGUAGACCGUGAUACAUGGCACUGCCUUCCUAAAACUGAUCUUUCAGAUUUGAUAAAUAAAGAUGCUUGUUCUUAUCAUUUUUUACAGUUUUAACGCUGAAAUGCUAGGUUUUUUACCAAAGCAGGAGGUAAAGGUAAAGAGCUAGCCUCUUUGUCUAGCCCCUGAUCAUCAGUUCUCUCUGUUUGCUUCUGAUUCUGAAGUAAAGCAAGAAGCUUAGCUGAGGAAGGAAAGGACUGGGUGGUGGGGUCUGGGUACCAGUUUCUUGACUGAGAGAAGAAAGGCAUCUCUCCUGUAAGCCCACCCUUUGAUGUCUUAAGCAGAAUUUAUUCUCCCUGGAGGCAGUUCUCGAUGAAUGUGCAGCCCUCUCACUGGUGGUUUUGUGAUUAAAUGCAUUUGCGGGUGAAGAUGCUGUUGAGCAAUGCCUCACCAUACCCGAAAUUAUUUCUAAACUUUGGUUCUUUGAUGAGUAGUGAUAUCAUUUGGGAUCCUCAGGUUUUGCAGUGUCUGUAAUAGCUAACGUUGAUAUACAUAGGGUUGUUCGUGCAUAGCUGUGGAUGUUCAUAGCUAAUGUUUAUGGAGCCCUUACUGUGUGUCAGACACUGUUCUGGGUGCUUUGUAUUAUGUACAAAGCACAUUAUGUAUUAUCUACAAGAUAGUCCUCACACAGUCCUCUGGAUUAGUUACUAUUAUUAUUUCCAUUUUACAAAUGAGGAAAUU